UCAUUGCUAAAUAUUCUCAUCGGUGUUGUAUGUUCUUUCUUCCAGAAUUGGUGGAAGCCUGAAGGUACCAGCCAGACAUGCAGGACAAGGCUGACACUUGUGUUAACAUGCUAUGACACUUGUUCUCAUGUAAUGUGCUAAUGCUCUACUAGACCACAAAAGAGCACACGCUUCAGUGAGAUAUAACAAGCCACUUGUGAUUUCGUGCUAUCCUUGGAAUAUGUCUGGAACACAGAUCAUUGCAUUCUUCUUCUCUCUUUGUGGACUUGGGGCGAUCAUUGCAGCCACCGUCUCAAAUGAAUGGAAAGUAACCAGCAGAGCUUCUUCGGUGAUAACAGCAACAUGGAUCUUUCAGGGUCUCUGGAUGAACUGUGCCGGAAAUGCCAUGGGUGCUUUCCACUGCAGACCACAUCUUACUAUCUUCAAGAUAGAGGGUUAUAUUCAAGCCUGCAGAGGACUCAUGAUUGCUGCCGUUUGCCUUGGAUUUUUUGGCUCUGUGUUUGCACUGGUUGGAAUGAAGUGCACAAAGGUUGGAGGCUCAGACCAGACAAAAGCUAAAAUUGCUUGUUUAGCAGGGUUGGUUUUCAUACUUUGUGGGCUGAGCGCAUUGACUGGUUGCUCCCUAUAUGCAAAUCGAAUCACAUCUGAGUUCUUUGAUCCUACAUUCAUUGCACAAAAGUAUGAAUUAGGAGCAGCUUUGUUCAUUGGAUGGGCUGGAGCAUCACUUUGCAUAAUUGGUGGCAGUAUAUUCUGCUUCUCAAUUGCUGAAAACAAUAAAACUCCAAGGUUGGGCUAUGCAUAUAACAGAGCUGGUUCUGUGGUGUCUGCUCGAACAAAGGCCUGCAAUGGCUCAGAUUUUAAAACAUCCAAAGUCCCUCCAAAGCACUUUGACAAAAAUGCGUAUGUGUAGCCAGAUGGUUCUAGAAGCCAAUGUUUAAAAAUCAUGUUGUUCAUUCACAUAAUGAUUUUUGAAAGGUACUAGUGUCACCAGGAACCACUAAAAAUAUUUUAUAAAUGAACUGUUCUCUACUUGAUGUAAAUUUUCCUCCUGCUUUGUUUGAAGAUUUAUACUGAUGUUUUACAUAAUAACUGUAAAUCAUUUAUUUGUGCUUGCUGUAAAAAAGUAUUUACAAAUAAACUCACGUAAUAUUGGUUAUGAUUUAUGGUGAUAAAGUUCUGCAGACUGAAUACUGAAAGAAAUUUCAUGAAUCUUUCAGAUGGAUGCCAGAAUUGUUGUAGGUCUGCCUUUGGUAUCUUGAGACCAAUUGUAAAUAUAUGUUUUAAAAAGAUUUGAGGGUGUAUCUAUACUUUAGAAUUACUAUAAUGCAGUUUGACAGCAUUAUAACUGCCAUGGCUUACAGUGCAAACAGUAGUAUCACAAGGUUUUCAGCUUUCUCUGUCAAAUAGUGCUGGUGCGUCACCAAACUAUAACUCCUGAUUCCAUAGCAUUAAUUCAUGGCAGUUAAAAUGGUGUCAAACUGCAUUAAUUCUAAAGUGUAGACACACUCUCAGCUAAGUACGGUAUGCCAAAGCAAUCCCAGUAAGCAGCCUACCAUGAACCACAAUAAAUUACCUUCCAAAUUA